AUGUCACACUUCCAAUUCGAUAAUGAACUUGUCACAUUAUGUUAUCUUCCGACAUUGAUCUUAUUCCCCGUAGGAUCAAUUUUACUUACAUUUCAAUUCGUCACCAACGUAGACCCAUCUGUGCUAGAUCCGAUCAAUCACACAUUUCUACUUUUGUUCAUUGGAUCAAUAACAUGGACCGCGAUAAACGUGGUAAAAGCAGGUUCACGUGCACUUGCACGAAAUCCCAAUUUCAAAAAGGGUGAACAUGAUGUGCAUGCUCGGAAAUUGGGAACACAAUUAGUGGUGACCACGCGAGUGUUGUACGGGUUAAUUUUUGUGAUCGGCUCUUCGGGUAUAGUAUUCACUUUUCCAAAUGCUAGGGAAUUUGGAGCAGCUUUGUUGGCUAGCGCUAGUGUCGUGUCGUUAUUCCUUGGGUUUGAUAAUCAAACAGGAACAGUUACCGAGAUUCAAGCACAAUAUAUUGUUAUAAAAACCGGCGACGAAAGACACCUGAUAAUUCCACUUACAAGAGUAAUCGGUGGAACGUUUGAAAAUUUAUCGCGUAAUGGAGAAAAUAUCACCGUGACAUUUGACCUUUUUGUUGAUUACGGUGUUCCGUUGGAGGAUUUACGUAAACAAUUUCAUGAAUAUUUGCAGGCUAGUGAGCAUUGGGAUCAUCGUAAUGGAAGUCUGGAUAUUUCUGAUGCAAAAGAAACUUUCUUGCAAUUAAGUGCUUCAAUGACGGCAAUUACCUUCGCAGAAGGAAAUAAAUUAAAAAAAGAAAUUCGAGAAAAAAUCGCAAAAUACUUGCCACAUCAAAGAAUACAAACAAUUCCAGCGCGUAAUGGCAGAGAGAGCAUGGAUCGAGUAAUUGCCAAAAUGAGUGAUCCUCGUUUGGGGAAUUAG